AUGCGCUACGUGCGUCAGCCCUCUGCUUCAGGUACCUAAAGGAGCAAUUUUCACAGGCGCAGUUUCUUGCAGCGGAUAACUCCUCUCAUCUCCUUUCACCACCUUCUGCUAUUCUUUAAAAACAUGUCCAGACUUUUUGAAGAAGGAGCACAUUUUCUUUUGUCCUUCGACGUGUUAAAAUGAUGAGCAAGUGCAAUCUCUGGCAGCUGUGAACAGGAAUCGAAGGUGUGUUCAAAUUCUACUGAUCUACACAAAUGUCUCAAAUGACAUUAUACAAUAGUAGUCUAAAACAAACUUGGUUGCUUUUUCUGAACAUACAAUUAAGAAGUGUUAAUUCUAAGUAAGUGCAAGAAGUAAGCGAUAAAGGAUACACAUGUAUAUUUUUGUAUGUCCACGUGCUUUAGUUCUGAACAUUUAAAUUUCAUGAAAUUGACUGAAUGUUGUUUUAUCCCAUGUGUUGCUUUUAUGCUCAGUUCAGAUUUUCUGUCAGUUUGGAGUUGAAGUUUAAUUUCUUGAACAGGCAGGCAGCCUAUGUGGGUACAGUAUGUUGGGUUUGGAUGUAUUCUUUAUGAAUUGAUUUUAUGCACUUAAAUCAGGAUCCUGCUGCAGUCUGUAAAAUAGGCUGAACUGUUUAGGAGAGUGCUGGGUAGCAGUCAUGUGAAAAUGCCUUUCCAGUUUUAUGCACAGUCUGUUCAGUUUCAUUCGUGUGCAUAGAUAAUUAUGCUACUGGCACCAAAGAUUAACAUAUUGGAACACAGGUAAGCUCCAAAGCUCAUUUUCACACCCUCUAGCUCUGUAUCCCUGCCUUCUGCUCCUAUAGAGUAAGAUGAGACACCCACUGCAGAGAAACUAACAGGCCUAAUGAAACAUUCAUGUCUCAGCUCUGAAAUGUAUGAAGUGAUAGAGACAUCUAUUACUGUAGCAACAGCACAUAAUUUUGCUGCAAUACAAAAUUAUUUCAUUUUUACAUUAGACUUGAUUUUACCAAGCAUUUAGAAUGUGUUUAUCACACAGUGCUAAGUGCUGCUGAAGACUUGGUUAUUGCAGGAAUCAUUUUUUAUUUGAAUUAGCUAACCUCAUUCAAAUAAUUGUCUUUGCACAGAACAGAUGACUGAAAAAUGGGAAUCAUAAUAUGUGGUAAAUAAUUGCACAAACAUGCGGCUACACAAGAUUUACUACAGUAUUCAUGUUAUAUACACUGGUGAAACUACCACCAUACUAUCACUGUAAGAGGCAAAGUGUGCAUUUGUGAUGUACUGUAAAUUCAUAAUUCCCAGUUACAACUAGUGGAAUCUGAUCAGCCCUUUAGUCAAGACUUAAUUGUGCAAAACAUAUAUCUCUUGUGAGACUUUACUGAGCUGUGUCAGUCACCAUAUGAGAGCUUUUACAUCAUCUUAUGUAGAAUCAGGAUGCUGUAAUACAAAAUUGUGUUGCUGUGGUACUCUUUAGGUGUUGUAUUUCUCUCUGUAUGGAAUUUCUCUCAGAGCAAUGAUGUGCAGACAUCUCCAGUGAUCCUGUUCCUCUCUACUCCCACUUACAAGCCCCUACUGUGAAAUGGAGAAGUACUGCCUGGACUCUCGUUCCAACAUCUCAGAACAGCACGGCAUGUUCUGUAACAUCACAUUGCUAAACGUCACAGGAAAUGACUCUGGGACCAAAUCCAUCGAGGACCUCCUACUGGAAUUUCUAGGGCCGAAACGCUCUCCCGUCUUCCUCCCUAUCACCCUGGUUUACCUGCUCAUCUUCUUUUUUGGUGUGUCUGGCAACCUUCUCACAUGCGCAGUGAUAUCCAAACACAAGAAGAUGCGUACCACCACCAACCUGUUCCUGUUCAGCCUGGCUGUGUCGGACCUCUUGGUGCUCCUCUUUGGGAUGCCCCUGGAGAUCUACGACAUGUGGCAGAACUACCCCUUCCCUUUCGGCGAGGGAGUCUGCUACUUCAAGAUCUUCCUCCUUGAGACCGUCUGCUUCGCUUCCAUCCUAAAUGUGACAGUGCUGAGUGCGGAGAGGUACAUCGCCGUGGUCCAUCCACUAAAAAUACGCUAUGUCUCCACCAACAAGCAUGCCAAGCAUGUCAUCAGUGCCGUAUGGGUGGUGUCCCUGGUCUGUGCCAUCCCCAACACCUCCCUGCAUGGCAUCUACUACUUGAAUCUCCCGGAGAAGGUGGCAGAGUCAGCCAUAUGCAGUUUGAUAGGGGCCCCGUGGAUCUAUAACCUGGUGAUCCUGAUCACCACUGCGUGCUUCUACAUUGUGCCCAUGACGGUGAUGAGCGGUCUGUACCUGGUGAUGGGCAUCCAGCUGGGCAGGGAGCGACACCUUUCCCAGGGAACGAUGAGGAAGAACUGUAGCACCAACACCAACUGGAGAAUCCACGUAGAGCGAGGGCGUAGGAGACAAGCCACCAAGAUGCUUGCUGUGGUCGUGCUGGUGUUUUCCAUCUGCUGGGCGCCUUUCCAUAUCGACCGGCUCUUGUGGAGCUGCAUCAUGCAGUGGUCUGUCUGGACAGACCUCAACCAAACUGUGUACCAGUGUGUGCACCUCCUUUCCGGCAUCCUCUUCUACCUCAGCUCUGCAGUCAACCCCGUUAUCUACAACAUGCUCUCCACACGCUUUCGGGAAUGCUUCUGGGAUCUUAUCUGCACACAUACGAAAGACACCGCCUCUAGAAAAGACUGCCCACCCUUCGCCAAAAUCCUGCUGGUUCCCUCUGGCCCAGUUCCUAAAUCCCAGGCCAGUCCCAGGGACCAGAACUCCCUCACUCCCCUGUUAUCUCCAAUUGGGACUGGGAGCACAGAGAUCACAACGCUGACAUGUGAACAUUCCUGUGUGGUAGACUCUGACUUCACUGCUACUGCUUUUUAAUCAUAUUUAAUAUUUAAUGUGGUAGUAGAUAUGAUGCCCUGUGUCAGGCUGUGGAUUUGACUAAUGAGCAGAUGAUGCAUUGUGCACAGCUGGAUGAUCAUUAUUUCAUGAGGUGAUCUGUGGACUCAAUUGUGAUCUGUUAUUAAAGCAACAUAAAUCCUCAUAGCAGACAGAUGUAUCCAAAAACAACCGAUUUAGGGGUAUGUAAAUGAGAGACUUGGUUGCACUUGAUAAUUCACUCCAGUGAUUGAUUAUCCCAUAUGAUUGGUCUUCUCAUAUUGAUCUGUGUGAUAUAUGGACUAUGUGAACUGCAGUUACAGUAUUUAUCAUCCUUGUGUUUCAUAACCACCUAUUCCAACCCGUAAUUUAUUGAGUGUAUGUCAAAACUUCCCCAUUUCUCCUUGUCAAAGACAUUGAAUGUACGUAUGUAGCACUGCUGUCCUUUGACCUAGACAUUUUAUGUAAAUAUACUGUAAAUCAAUUCAUAAUUAUUGCCUUUCUGUGAAAACAGCAAAACAUGAAUGAAUUGCUUGAUGAGUAUUUCAUGAAUUGUUUACAAUGUCUGCAACAGAAUGUGUAUUACAUUGAGAAUGUAUCGUAUGAGUCUCUUGGAGACCCUAACAACAACAACAGCAACAACAACGGUAGUCUGUUCGACCAUCAAUGUGUAAGUGGCAGUAGUAUAAUGGGAACCACGAUGAGGCUUCUACAAAAGUUGAUCCUGAUUUCACAGCAAGUUGUUCCUGAUUUCCCUGCUGCCCCACAUCUGGGCCAAGACUGUGUUCUUGUAGAGUGUCAAUAAUGCAGAGAAUCCAUCAUAAGAGACAAUUACAGAACUUAGACCAUUUGAUUAAAGAUUCCUAGAAGCCUC